AUGUUUCGACUUAAUCCAUCGAUUAUCACAUUAACACAUGCCGAGCUGAAGGAUUUCGAACACCGAAGAAGGUACAAGCAUUACUGGACAAGCGAAGACCACUCGUCAGCGACCCGUGGGAGUACUUACGCAUCAGAUAGCCAUGCAUUGGUUGACUCCUUCAGACUACAGAUGGCAGCCCUUGGUGAGGAUGAGUUGUCAGCUGCUGGGCGGGAUGAUGGGGACAGAUGGAGAUACUCAGAAUCCGUCCCCAACCACGAAUAUCUUGAUCCGACUAGUCCCCAAGACCCAAGAUUGAUGACAAACUUUGAUCUGAAUCUACCACCGCUACGUUCCAUGCGGCAUGGCGUCUCGAUCCAUAACCGAUCCAUUACAGGAGAGUAUGAUGGUACCGCGGUAGAGGCAGUGACCCAAAACGACGCGCGACGAGGGCUUCGAGACGGCCUGCAGGAUAGGCAAAAUGAGCCGUUUACUUUCGAUCUACCACUGCGAGGGGUAGUUCCGUCAGUACCCCCGACGGCACCUAGGACAAUGCCUGUCGAGACGCCGCAAUCAACCGAUCAGUUGCAAUCGGGGACUGGUCGCUUUCCGGGACACGUCAAUAACCUACCAUCCCACGAUGGCGAAGGUCGCCUUGGGGCCACGGUGGUCAGUGACGCCCGGCAAAUUCAACCACGGAUUGAGCAUAUGAUCCCAGCCGCCCACCCCCCCAUUACACAGGCACGGAGAUACAGGAGACGGUCCGCGACACUAGAAAGACCUCGUACAACACCGUCGCUGCGACCUGCAGAAGGAAUCGCGGCCGAGUCAAACGCCAGAGCCACCACGCCACGAAGGCUGCCUGUGUACAACGACGGAUCUUUGGCGACUGAGCAGCCACAGACACCACGGCACCUACCAGAAGCCCGUCACCAGAGCAUAUUCGACGGGUCUUACACGGCACCGGCAGGAGAACUUCGUGGGCGACCUGGAAUGGAGACCACGGGCGCCUAUGGACGGGGAGUGCAAGCAAGGCGCGGUGGCAGUCCCUCGGGGUCGAGGAGGCCCGGAUUCCAGGGAUUGUACGGUGGAAGAGAGAAUGCGGAGGAAGAAUGA